AUGGUUAGACUGACCUACCUCCUCCUAUCCGCCUUUGCUCUCCUGGGCGCCAAUGCAGCCUCCUCUGUCCUCGACCUCGUCCCAGACAAUUUCGAUGACAUCGUUCUAAAAUCAGGCAAACCAGCACUGGUCGAGUUCUUCGCCCCUUGGUGCGGUCACUGCAAGAAGCUAGCCCCCAUAUACGAAGAAUUGGCUACCAAUUUUGAGUUUGCCAAAGACAAGGUGUCAAUUGCAAAGGUAGACGCCGAUGCAGAGAAGGACCUCGGAAGGAAAUUUGGUGUACAGGGUUUUCCCACACUGAAGUGGUUCGACGGCAAGAGUGAUACGCCUACAGAUUACCAGGGUGGCCGGGACUUGGAGAGUCUUUCCAGCUUUAUCUCCGAGAAGACGGGCCUCAAGAUCAAGACAAAGAAAGCAGCUCCAAGCGCCGUAGAGAUGCUUACGGACAGAUCUUUCAAGGCUGAAAUUGGAGGGGAUAAGGAUGUCUUGGUGGCCUUCACUGCACCAUGGUGUGGACACUGCAAGAGCUUAGCGCCAGUUUGGGAACAAGUAGCAACCGACUACGCUUCGGAGCCCGAUGUCUUGAUCGCCAAGGUCGAUGCUGAAGCCGAAAACUCGAAAGCUACAGCUCAAGAUCAAGGCGUCAAGUCAUACCCUACUAUCAAAUACUUCCCCAAGGGUUCUACCACCCCUGAGCCAUACGAAGGCGGUCGAACCGAGCAGGAUAUUCUUUCAUUCAUGAACGAGAAGGCCGGCGUUCACCGCACGAUUGGCGGCAAGCUGGAUGAAAUUGCUGGCACGAUCCCAAGUCUGGACACCAUCGUGAGCAGGCUUACUGGUGGCGAAAGUAUUGCCAGUCUCUCGGAACAGAUCACAGCUUCUGCAAAGGCAUCGAAGGAUAAGUAUGCGGAAUACUACGUCAAGGUCUCGGAGAAGCUCGGCAAGAACGCUGGAUAUGCGGAGAAAGAGCUGGCCAGGUUGCAAGGUCUGAUCAAGAAGGGGGGUUUGGCGCCGGAGAAAAUCGAUGAUUUGACUUCUCGGUCGAACAUCUUGAGACGAUUCAAAGGCCAGGAACCGGUUGCCAAAGAAGAGUUGUAA